CGCCGUGUACACGCAGAGCACCAGCGGCAGCAGCACCAGCAGGAGGUGUUCUCUCUGUUGCUCCGCGGUGUGGUGGUGGUGGUGGUGCUCCGUGUUCGGUUCGCGCGCGCCGACACAGACGACACAUCACAUCUCCACGGCCGACGGACAGCGACGGACGCGGGCCCCAGCCGGCGCGAAAUGGGCCGUGUUCUCUUGUAGCGAGACCGCCGCCGCCGCCGCCGAGUAGACGCCGCCGACCAGCGGAUCACUGCAGAGAAUGGCAAAUUUCAAGGAGUGGCCGUCGUUCUUGAUGGUAUUUUUGUUUGCGCACUUUGCUCAAUAUUGCUGCAAUCGAAUUGACGAUGAUGGUUGCGAUUAUAGUGGAAAUUCUAAACACAGAUGCAUUCCAAAAGUCAACUAUAGGCACAAAGAAAAAGAGGUUCUUGAUCAAAUUUUAGGUCCAGGAAGCUACGAUGCUAGGAUCCGUCCUUCAGGAGUUAAUGGCACAGGCGACUCUCCCUGCAUUGUGUUUGUCAACAUGUUGGUACGGUCCAUCAGCAGAAUUGAUGAUUACAAAAUGGAGUACAGUGUGCAACUGACGUUCCGCGAACAAUGGAUGGACGAGAGGCUAAAAUUUAACGAUUACAACGGUAAAAUGAAAUACUUAACUUUGACUGAAGCCAGCAGAGUAUGGAUGCCCGACUUGUUCUUUUCUAAUGAGAAGGAAGGUCAUUUCCAUAAUAUAAUUAUGCCAAAUGUGUACAUCAGAAUAUUCCCCAAUGGAUUAGUGUUAUACAGUAUAAGAAUAUCACUUACUCUAUCGUGUCCAAUGAAUCUCAAAUUAUAUCCACUGGAUCGGCAAACGUGUUCACUCCGAAUGGUCAGCUACGGUUGGACAACUGAUGAUUUAGUAUUUUUAUGGAAAGAAGGCGAUCCAGUGCAAGUAGUAAAAAAUUUACACUUACCCAGAUUCACUUUAGAAAAGUUCCUCACGGAUUACUGCAACAGCAAAACUAAUACAGGGGAGUACAGCUGCCUGAAAGUGGACCUGCUGUUCAAGCGCGAGUUCAGUUACUACCUGAUCCAGAUCUACAUACCGUGCUGCAUGUUGGUCAUCGUGUCGUGGGUGUCGUUCUGGCUGGACCAGAGCGCGGUGCCUGCCCGCGUGUCCCUGGGAGUCACCACGCUGCUGACCAUGGCCACGCAGACGUCCGGCAUCAACGCGUCUCUGCCUCCCGUGUCGUACACCAAGGCCAUCGACGUGUGGACGGGCGUGUGCCUGACGUUCGUGUUCGGCGCCCUGCUCGAGUUUGCGCUGGUCAACUACGCGUCCCGGUCGGACACGCACCGGGACGACAUGAGCAAAAAGUGCGACCUGGAGCGCACCGCGUCCAUGGACGUCGGCGACUACGAGGACGGCCCGAAUUCGUUCAAUAUGGUGAGGUCGAAUAGUACGAAACCGCUGAUGCGUCCCGAGCUGAUGAUGUCCCGGGACAAGAUGAGCCAGAUCAUCCACCAGACGCCGCCGUUGGAAAAGAACUCGUGCUGGAAGUCUUGGAUGUCCAAGUUUCCUACCAGGUCCAAGCGCAUCGACGUCAUAUCCCGCAUACUGUUCCCGAUGGUGUUCGCCAUGUUCAACAUGUCCUACUGGUCCACGUACCUGUUCCGCGAGGGCGUCGACGAGGACAAGUAAUCAGCUACUGCGCCGAGUCACCACCUUCAUUGCCACCUCCGUCGUAUUAUUAUUAUUAUUAUUAUUAUUAUUAUAUUAUUUUGAUAUUAUUAUUAUUAUUAUUAUUAUUAUUAUUGUCACAUACGACACGCGGAUAUUAUAUAAAUGACGCGAAUUUUGUGUACUUGGAUUUUCGUUUUUGCAUCAAACGAUUUCCAUUAUACGAUCGAUUUUAUUCGUUUAUUUUGUUAUUAUUAUUAUUAUUAUUUGUAAUAUUGUUAUUUUGUUUUAUUAUUGAUUUAUCGAGUAUGUUUUUUUUUUUUUUUACACGAAUCUCUUUAUUAUUAUAUACGUAGUCAUUGUGUAGCCUAAAUCUUCUCUCAACUUGAAGUGCAUUUACUCGCAUCAAUACAAUUAUUAUGAUUAUUAUUACUAAUAGAAAAAUCAACCAGAUCUCCCAAAAACUAUAUAUUAUUAUGAUUAAUAAUAAAAUAAUAUAAAACGUGUCCACUCCACAUUAUAUUAUAUUAUAUUGAUUACCAUCUCGAUCGAUAUUUUGUAAUUUUUUUCUACUCUCCAUGCUCAAAUAUUUUACCUUUAAACAAAACCAUUGAUUGAUUCAUUUGUUACACACCUGACAGAUACAAAGAGACAGGGUCCUUAUACGAAAUCUGUCGGGGAAAUCUGUUCGCGUGUUCGACGCGCACGAAUCGAUUCCAUCCAAAUUUUAAUUUAUUGGAAGAGCAAGAGUUUUCUUACAUAUAAUAUACCAUGUUUAUACCUCAUAGAAGUCAACAUAAAACUCCAUCGGCGUUUUUCAUAACCCGUCGAAUAAUAUUUCAACCUGUACUGUCCGUUUCGUCAUUCCCCUUUCGAGUUAAUUAAUUAAUUAAUUAAUUACAAACGCUCAAUGUCGUUUUUUUUCUUCUGUUUUUCGUGUUUUUAGCCAUGUUCACUACUAUCAAGACGAUGAAGUAUCACGGCAAAAUAUAUAAUCCGUUUGCGUGCGUUAUCCGAAUAAUUUAUGCAUAUGAGCCCAUCAUCAUACCGAUAAUUCAUAUGACGUACACAAAUUGUACACUGCGUCAAUCAAUAUUCGUUAUUCGUUGCAUUAAAGUUCAAUUUGUAUUUAAGCACAAUCUCAAAUUGUAUAUUUCAUUAUAUUAUUACAACCAUAUUUAGAAAUUUUAUAGAAAUCAAUACACGACUUAAACAGUUGUAGAUACGAUCUAACAAGUCCAUAUAUUAUGAUAUCAGACAUUAAACAUCGCUCUCGGAUGUUAAUUACUCAUAUUUUAUGUGCAUACUACAUAAUAUUAUUUGUCAUCAAAACUGUAUUAUAUUCAUAUGCGCAAAGGCCACUACGACGACAUACCGUAUGAUAAACAGGGUGAGAUGGAAAGUUAUGACCGAAAUCGCUGCCGGUUCGAUGACUUUAAAACCCGAUUAAUGUUUUUGUCUUAUAGUCGUUAAGCUACAGAUUAUUAAUGUAUUUGACCGUUGCCUUAAAAUUAUUCGUAUAUAUAAGAAAUUAGAAAAAAUUUAUGACACUUAACAAACGAAAAUAUGUCAAAUAUAAUUUUCCUCCAAUCGUAUAUUCCCAUUAUAAAAUAAAUUACAUUUUAAAAACGUUUCAUUUUUCCCGACUUUUCAAACUUUUUUCAACAUUAUGACAUAUUUUACUAUUCUCAUAUAAAUCCAAUUAAAUAAUUUUAUCGUAAUAUCACAAGAAAAAGUUCUUUAAUUUUUUUUCGUAAUCCAACUAAAAUGUUCAAGUUGUUUGAAACAAUUAACAAUCAAUUAAUCCUUGUUUUCUUUCAUACUCAUUUAUAUAAAUAUAAUAAAUCAAAUUCAGUUGACGAAAUCAAAGAUAAACGAACAACAACUUACUGACCAUCGUCUUUUUCCGUCCACCAUUAACUUAUGUCCAGUUACACAAUCGUAUCUCUGUGGUCUAAUGGUCACAGUUAAGCUAUUUUUAAUAAUAGAAACCUACACUUCGUUUACUUAAUAUAAUAUUAUAUAUAAGACACUCGCGUGUUCAAAACAGACGUCAUACGAUACACUGGCUAUAUCUAAUUCAUCUCACGUUGUCUUGUCACGCGUAGUCCAUUUACGUCGGAUUAAAACUUUUCACGUCCCUUGGCAUAAUACGCUGUACCGUUUAUAGUCUAAUAUAAUAUGAACACAUCCGCCCCCGACCGAAAGUGUAUACUCGAUAGAAAUAUUUAAUCUAAAAUUAAGAUUUAUAUAUACAUAUAUAUAAUAUAUAUUAUAUAUUAUAUACAAUUUAUAUAAUUUAAUCGAUAAGAUAAAAUAUUAUUAAUUUUUGUUGUUUAAAAGUCAUAUUACGCUAUAUCAUAAUGUAUAAUGUGAAUAUAAGUUGCCAGUAAAGAAUGCUUAAAAUGUGAUUUUUUUUUUUAAUAUCAUUAUAUCUAGUUCUUAGAACUAUGUCUUGUACACGUUGGGUGUAACGAACUGCGUAGCUAUAAUACAAUUAUAAUUAAAAAUAAAAUCUCAUUUAAAAAUUUAAAUCAGUAAUCAUUAAAUGAUAUAUAUUUAAUAUUGUAUCAUAUAAUCAUUUGUAUUACUGUAAAAAAAAAAAUUACCGAAAGUCUGACAUCUUAC